UUCGCCACUAGUCUCGAGCUCGCGCUGGUAGUCGAGCGUACGGCUCCGAGCUCCUCUUCUCCUUCCAGUCCCCAGCGGCCGCCAUCGACUUCGCUCGCGGGGGUGUUCCUGUGAGGGCUCCGCUCGUCUCUGCGUCCGCCAUUCCCAGCCGCCAUUAUGGUGAAGCUCGCGAAGGCCAGUAAAGGGGACACCAAGAAAAUGGCUCCUCCCCCCAAGGAGGUGGAAGAAGAUAGUGAUGAGGAAAUGUCCGAAGAUGAAGACGAUGAGAGCAGUGAAGAAGAGGAGGAGGAGGAGGAGAUUAUCAUCCCUCAGAAGAAAGGCAAGAAGGCUGUGGCAACUCCAGCAAAGAAGAUGAUGGUUUCCCCAGCUAAAAAAGGUGCAAUGGUCACACCAGCUAAAAAAGCAGUUGUUACCCCUGGGAAAAAAGGGGCAGCUCCUCCAUCAUCCAAGAAAGCAAUUACACCAGCCAAGGCUGUAGCGACACCUGGCAAGAAAGGUGGUGGCAUGCCAGGUAAAGCACAAGUACCAGUAUCUGGUAAGAAGGGGGCAGUCCCCCCUGCCAAGGGCGCAAAAAAUGGCAAGAAUGCCAAGAAGGAAGACAGCGAUGAGGACGAUGAGGAUGAUGAGGAUGACAGUGAAGAAGAUGAGGACGAUGAGGACGAUGAUGAAUUUGCGCCAGCAAUGAUAAAAGCAGCAGCUGCUGUUGCCCAUGCUUCAGAUGACGAAGAUGACGAUGAUGAGGAUGAAGAUGAAGACGAGGAUGAUGAGGAUGAAGAGGAAUCUGAAGAAGAACCUAUGGAUACUGCCCCAGCGAAAGGAAAGAAAACUCCCGCAAAAGCUGCUCCUGUGAAGGCUAAGAAUAUGGCUGAGGAGGAUGACGAUGAUGAGGAUGAAGAUGAUGAAGAGGACGAUGACGACGACGAUGAUGAGGAUGAGGAGGAUGAUGAGGAAGAGGACGAGGAGGAAGAGCCUGUCAAAGAAGCACCUGUAAAAAGAAAGAAGGAAAUGGCCAAACAGAAAGCUGCUCCAGAAGCCAAGAAACAGAAAGUGGAAGGCAAUGAACCAACUACAUCUUUCAAUCUCUUUGUUGGGAACCUGAACUUCAACAAAUCUGCCCCCGAGUUAAAAACGGGUAUCAGCGAUCUUUUUGCUAAAAAUGACCUUGCUGUUGUAGAUGUCAGAAUUGGUGUGUCUAGGAAGUUCGGUUAUGUGGAUUUUGAAUCUGCUGAAGACUUGGAAAAAGCCUUGGAACUUACUGGUUUAAAAAUGUUUGGCAAUGAAAUUAAAUUAGAAAAACCAAAAGGGAAAGACAGUAAGAAAGAAAGAGAUGCAAGAACACUUCUGGCUAAAAACCUGCCUUACAAAGUUACUCAGGAUGAAUUAAAGGAAGUAUUUGAUGAUGCAAUGGAGAUCAGAUUAGUCAGCAAGGAUGGGAAGAGUAGAGGGAUUGCUUACAUUGAAUUUAAAACAGAAGCUGAUGCAGAGAAAACAUUUGAGGAGAAGCAGGGAACAGAGAUAGAUGGACGAUCCAUUUCCUUGUACUACACUGGAGAGAAAGGUCAAAAUCAGGACUACAGAGGUGGAAAGAAUAGCACCUGGAGUGGUGAAUCAAAAACUCUGGUUUUAAGCAAUCUUUCCUAUAGUGCAACAGAAGAAACUCUUCAGGAAGUAUUUGAGAAAGCAACUUUAAUCAAAGUGCCCCAAAACCAAAAUGGCAAAUCUAAAGGGUAUGCAUUUAUAGAAUUUGCCUCAUUUGAAGAUGCUAAGGAAGCUUUAAAUUCAUGUAAUAAAAGGGAAAUUGAGGGCAGAGCAAUUAGGCUGGAGUUGCAAGGACCCAGGGGAUCGCCUAAUGCAAGAAGCCAACCAUCCAAAACAUUGUUUGUCAAAGGUUUGUCUGAGGAAACCACGGAAGAGACGUUAAAAGAGUCCUUUGAUGGCUCUCUCCGUGCAAGGAUAGUCACUGACCGUGAGACCGGGUCCUCCAAAGGGUUUGGUUUUGUAGAUUUCAGCAGUGAAGAAGAUGCCAAAGCUGCCAAGGAGGCCAUGGAAGAUGGAGAAAUUGAUGGAAACAAAGUUAUUUUGGACUGGGCCAAGCCUAAGGGUGAUGGUGGUUUCGGUGGUCGUGGUGGAGGCCGUGGUGGCUUUGGCGGCAGAGGUGGUGGCAGAGGAGGUCGAGGCGGCUUUGGUGGCCGAGGUCGGGGAGGCUUUGGAGGACGAGGUGGCUUCCGAGGAGGCAGAGGAGGUGGAGAUCACAAGCCACAAGGGAAGAAGACGAAAUUUGAAUAGUUGAUUAUAUCCCUCGAGUUUUUCUUCUUCCGUUUGAAAGGACUCUGAGGUUUUUAUUCUGUUACCUGAUCAAUGGCAGAGCCUUCUGAGGACAUUCCAAGACAGUAUACAGUCCUGUGGUCUACUUGGAAAUCAUAUAGAUAACAUUUCAAGGGAGAAUACUGUUGGUUUUGACUGGAUAUUCGUAUAAACUUUUUAAAGAGAUGAGUGAUAGAGCUAACCCUUAUCUGUAAGUUUUGAAUUUAUAUUGUUUCUUCCUAUGUACAAAACCAUUUUUUCCUACAAAUAGUUGUUUGUUUUGUGUUUGGGGGUGUAAAGGAAAGCAGAAUGUUUUAUGUUUUUUUGCUUCAGCUAAUUUGGGACAAAUUAAAAGUCCUGAACUCUGGUGCCA